CACAGUGACCUCACUUCCAUGUUAAAACGCCCGGCUUUGUAAUAGAGUAGAAUUAUGGUAAACAUUGGGAAAUCACCGCCCAUCUUCAGCUACAUGUGAAUACUCCUUCCUCUUUUUUUCAAUUUCAAAACAUUUUCACUACAGAAACCAUCCGUUUCUUUUCCCCACAACAUCCCGACAGAAUCAAAAGGGUUCUGCACCAGGUGUUGCCAUACGAUAAACCACUAGUGGCACUAACUUCCGCCACCAACUUUCUACCUUACCGACGAUCGACUUUAUUUCCAGUACCUAACAGUUAGCAUUCGUUUGCAUCGUUUGCAUUAUUCUAACUCCUACCAUCAUCAUCGCAUAUUACUUAUCUAUCACGUUGUACAUAAACCAUCCCUCAACAUGUCUUUCCUCGGCGGUGGGCCCGAGUGCUCGACGGCGGGUAACCCUCUCAGCCAGUUCGCGAAGCAUACCCAGGAAGACAACAGUCUACAAAGAGAUCGCAUUGUAAAUGGAGCUCCUCAGGCUGGUAUGGGUGGCUUUCGCAGUGCUGCACAACAUGGACCGCAAGAUGAGAUGAUAAACGGCUUUCUACAGCAGAAUGGCCAAUUACCCAAUAUGCCCCUUGAAGGCAUGAACCAGAUACGAUUAGAUCACCCCUCCCAUGGUGUCCACCUCCGAGCGAACUCGACUUCACCGUCGUGGGCGAACGAGUUCCAGCAGAAUCCGCAAGCAGCCAUGGAAUCCGCGUUCAAGGUCCCGCAGGGUACGCAGUUCAGCCCGGAAGAUUACGCCAAGUUCCAGCAGAUGACCGGCCAAGCAAACGCAUCCCGAGCGAGUCCCAUGCCUGCAGCCAUGCAAUAUCAAAAUCCGAUGAUGGGAGUGGGAAUGAUGAACGGCAUGGGCAUGGGCUACAGUAUGAACAACAUGCCCAUGUAUCGUCCUAUGCCGCAGCAGCAGUUCUCGCCAAGCGUCCAACAGGACAAAGGGAAGGGCAAGGAGAAGGUGGUGGAAUUGGACGAUCAGCAGUGGGAAGAGCAAUUCAAGCAGCUCGAGCUACAGGAGAAGGAUGUCCAAGAAAAAGAUGUUGCCGCCAACUUAGAACCUGAACUCAACAAGCUUGACCAGCAGAUUUUAGAGUCGGAGACGAACGAAUUCGGCGACUUUGAGUCGAUCUGGAGAGGCAUCCGAGCUGAGGAGGCGGCCGCUAAAGAAGCUAUCAACGAAGAAGAGUGGGUUGAGCAGCUGGGUGAACCCGAGUGGUCCGACCGCUUUGGAGAUUGGGGCAUGCCUAGUGCCAAUAGCAGGCUAAUGAUGGACCCUGCAAUAGAGAACUAUCUCUUCGAAGAGGAGAACCUAUUUAAGGACACCGCGAAUCCCUUUGAAGAAGGUAUGCGGAUUGUCGACGAAGGUGGUAAUCUUUCGUUAGCCUCUUUGGCUUUCGAGGCGGCCGUUCAAAAAGACCCCAAGCACGUGGAAGCGUGGGUUCAGCUGGGCAUGGCUCAGGCACAGAAUGAGAAGGAGACGGCGGCUAUCCGGGCUUUGGAGCAGGCCAAGAACCUCGACCCGAAUAACGCUCCCGCGCUCAUGACCCUAGCGGUUUCUUAUACCAACGAAGGCUAUGACAGCAUAGCUUACCGAACCCUUGAGCGAUGGCUAUCAGUUAGAUAUCCAUCUGUUAUCUCACCUAGCGAUCUCUCCUCCCCGGCCGAGAUAGGCUUCACAGAGCGCCACCAACUUCACGAUCGUGUUACACAACUCUUUAUUAAGGCCGCCCGUCUCAGCCCAGAUGGUGAGCACAUGGAUCCGGAUGUACAAGUAGGCCUGGGCGUGCUGUUCUACGGUGCUGAAGAGUACGACAAAGCCGUGGACUGCUUCUCGGCGGCGUUGGCGUCAUCUGAGCUCGGAGCGUCUAACCGACAAAACCAAGUACACCUGUUGUGGAACCGGCUAGGUGCGACGCUAGCCAACAGCGGCAAGAGCGAGGACGCGAUCGCGGCGUACGAAAAGGCGUUAACGCUGAAACCCAACUUCGUGCGUGCUCGCUACAACCUCGGAGUCAGCUGCAUCAAUAUGGGGUGCCACGCGGAGGCGGCGGGUCACCUGCUAGCCGCACUCAGCAUGCACAAGACGGUGGAGAAGGAGGGUCGCGAGAAGGCCCGCGAGCUCCUAGGAGGCGGCGUCAGCGAUGCUCAGCUCGAAGCUAUGACCACCCAGAACCGGAGCACAAACUUAUACGACACCCUGCGCCGCGUCUUCACGCAGAUGGGUCGCAGGGAUCUCGCAGAGAAAGUCCUGCCUGGUGUUGACCCCGAGGUGUUCCGUGGCGAUGUCGACUUUUAGCGAAUUCUCUUCUCCCCGAAAAUACACAAGUGGUAUAGGCAACCUGGGAAAAGGAGGAAGCAAAGUUCUACAGACUAGUGAGGAAAGGAGGAAAGGGACACUGGUAAGAUAGGACAAAUUCUACGGCCUCGCGCUCUCUGGAUACUAGGAGAUUCCAGAGUAUUCUUAUAUCGAGACCGUGGCCAGAAAUAGCCGUAUGAGGAGGCUAUUGAGGUUACGGCAAAUAACGUAGCCAGCCAUCCAGCCAACCAGCCAGCUAGUAACCUCACCGUAUACAGGACAUAUUAUGGGUGUAACGCAUGUGAUUUAUUUCAGAAGACAUUCGCUUUCAAACGGGGAUGUCCAUCAUAGUACCUUGCGAGAUAACAGGGUAGAACGGGGUAAAUGGGAUUUAUUAUAUGUUAAACGUCUGAGCUUUCGUGAGCAUAUCUGGUUAUUAUAAUUGCCAUCGGCUUAUUAACGUCGUCUAAGCAGCUGUCUAUUGAGACCCAGCAAUGGUAGCGUAUUGAUAUUGUAACAUGCCUUGAGAUAAUUUUAAAAAUUAGGUAUCGGC